AUGCAUUUGGGAGUGAGGCCGCGGGACACGUUCAACUUCGACGAGACGGCACUCUACAUCUCCGUCCUGCCGCGGAAGACCUACGGAAAGGGCCGUAUUGCGGGAAGGAAGAACGGCAAAGAGCGUCUCACCGUGGGAUUUCUCGUCAACGCCGACGGCACCACGGUGUUUCGUCCGCUCGUGAUCUCCAAGGCGCGCCGCCCUCACGACUUCCGCCCCGACUAUGACCCCGAGGAGUUGUGCUACUGGCGCAACACCGCUAAGGGCUGGAUGACGACCUCGUCACACGCUCACGACCGACGGCAGUUCUCGGGCAUGUGGACGGCGGACGGCGCGACUUCGGCCGUGGCUCGCUACAGGCCGAAUCUCCGCGAUGUCAUCGCGUGGCUGAGCGACGCGUGGAUGAACAUCCCGCCGCGCACGAUCCAGCGGUGCUGGUGGCGCACGGGGUGCCUUCCACGGGUCUGGGCCAUGGAAUUGGCGCACGUGGGUGAAGAGGCAAUCCGCGACCCCGCCACCGUGGCGGACAUCGGCCUCGAUGGGGAGGUCAACGGAGUCGGCCUCCUCAUCGACCGACUGUGCCUCGGCUCCAGCGCAAUGGCACCGGCCGAUUUCGUCGCGGUGGACGACAAUCAGCCGACAUGUGCGGAGCCGGUGGAUGAUCCUCUCGCCCAGGAGCCGACGCCUGCGCCGACGCACGACACGUGGGCGCCUCCCUCGACGAUGCAGGAGGUCUACGACGACGCCAACCCGGCGUCGCGCGAAGCGCGGCGCACUGCCCGUUUGGCCUGCGAGAUGCUCAUCGGGUACGCCAAGGCGACCUGCGUCACUCCGCGAGACUUGUGCGCGCUCUUUGACAUCCGCAACCCCAUCAUCCGGGAGAGGAUGGAGCGCGCAAGCCCGCCUUUGAACCUCAACUCGACCCCACCUCCCGCCAUUACGGCUGCAUCCACCCCGGAACCUGAGACCCGCCGUCCUCGUGGGCGAGUCCUUCCCGCGUGGAUGACGGUGCCCACGGCGGACUGGAUUGCCCAGACCGCACGGCGCCAGGAGCUCAUCGACAGCGGCGUGCCGGCCGUCAUGAGCGGCUACGUCGCCGCAGCGGAACGGAUGCGCCCCGAAUCUCAAUGUGGCACCUCUGAAGUUGAGUGGGGCUUGUUCGUCUGGCAUUUGUGCACGACUCGUGCACAUUUCGAGAGUGACGAAAUGUGUUUGUGA